CCACGACCGAGCGGCGGCGGCAGCAGCAGGCUGCAGGCUGCGGCGACAGGCACCGGCGCGCUCCUAGCAGCGCUCGCUUGCUAUCCCAAGUGACUUGGACUCGCCAGAUCGGCUGGCCCCGGGUCCCGGCCCCAGCUCCCGCUCGCGCCCUCGGCCCGGGUUCCAGCGCCCACCCGCCCUCCUGCACUUUCCCGCCUCUCCGCCCCCCAGCUCGCGGGAAGGGAGGUCGCGGCAGCGGCCUGGCGGCACCGGCGACCGUGGCGACAGCGGCGACACUGGCGGCGGCGGUGGCGGCAGCGGCUGCGGCGGCGGCGGAGGCUGCGGCGGCGACCGUGGCAGAGGCUGUGGCGGAGGCCUCCGUAGCGGAGGCGGAAGCAGAGGUGGAGGCUGAGGUGGAGGCCGAGGCCUCAGUAGAGGAGGCAGUGGCAGAGGCCACCCGGGGGGAGGCGACGGCCGCCCUGGCAGAGCGGGAGGAGGCGGAGGCCGCCCUGGCGGCAGCGGUUGUGGAGGCCAGCGCGGCCGAAGCCGCCGCCGCCGCCGCCGCCGCAGCAGCAGAGGCUGCGGCGCCCUCCUCGGGGGAGGCGGAUGCGGAUGCGGAUGCGGAUGCGGAGGUGGCGGCGGCGGUGGCGGCGGCGGCGGCGGCGGCGGCGGCGGCGGCAGCUGCGGAUGCAGAUGCGGAUGCGGAGACCAGCCGGGGCUCCGAGGGGAACCCAGACUUUCCUAUGGCCUCGCUGUACGUGGGCGACCUGCACCCUGAAGUGACAGAGGCGAUGCUGUACGAGAAGUUCAGCCCGGCCGGGCCCAUCCUCUCCAUCCGCAUUUGCAGGGACAAGAUCACCCGCCGCUCGUUGGGCUACGCGUACGUCAACUACCAGCAACCGGUGGACGCCAAGCGGGCCCUGGAAACCCUGAACUUUGAUGUCAUCAAGGGCAGGCCCGUGCGCAUCAUGUGGUCCCAGCGGGACCCCUCGCUCCGCAAGAGUGGGGUGGGCAACGUCUUCAUCAAGAACCUGGGCAAGACCAUCGACAACAAGGCGCUGUACAACAUCUUCUCGGCGUUUGGCAACAUCCUGUCCUGCAAAGUGGCCUGCGACGAAAAGGGGCCCAAGGGCUACGGGUUUGUGCACUUCCAGAAGCAGGAGUCCGCAGAGCGGGCCAUUGAUGCGAUGAAUGGCAUGUUCCUGAACUACCGCAAAAUUUUCGUUGGGAGAUUCAAGUCGCAUAAAGAACGAGAGGCCGAAAGGGGAGCCUGGGCCAGGCAAUCCACCAGUGCUGACGUCAAGGAUUUCGAGGAAGACACCGAUGAGGAGGCCACCUUGCGAUGAAGACAUGCCAGGAACGAGCCAGCCAGCAGAGCCAAACCUUGGCUCCCACCCGGUUUACAACCCCCCUCUUUGCCCCCCUAACCCACCAGCAGUGUAUUGUAUUGUACUGGGAGUGCAGGUCUCUCUCUCUCUCUCUCUCUGUCUGUCUCUGUCUCUCUGUCUCUCGCCUUCCCUCUCCCCUCCUUCCCUCUCCCCCUCCUUCCCCCUCUCUCUCCUUCUCCCUCUCUUCUUCCCUCCUUUCCUACCCUCCUCCCCCCCCUCCCUCCCUUCUGCUCUCCCCACCUCUCUCCUCCCCCCACACCCACCAAGGGCCUGCGAAUAAUCUUGCUAAUCUGUGCCACUUGAUAGAUUACAGGCUGCCUCUUCUCCUUGUGGUUUGGUUUAAAAAACACUUUCAUUCUCUCUUCGUUGGCUACACAGGUGAUACAGUUUCAUGGUAGAAACAUCAGAAAGGAGAAGGAAAUCAGAUGAGGGAAAACCAAGAGAGUACUUGUUCCCCAUGAUCCUACUACCCAGAGACAACCACUUUUUGGUGUGCUGUUUUUCCAGGCUCUCUUCUCUCCCUCUGUCUCCCUUCCUUCCUCACUCCCACCCCACCUUCCCUUUUAACUCACUGUUAUAGAAUGGUUCAUGUGUGUGGUGUUUCUUAACCUGCUUCUUCAGAAACUAAAACCAAACAAAAAUCAACCCAUUGAACUUCUUCCCAUGCUAUUCAACAGGCUUCCGAAAUGUCAUCUUCAAUGCCUGCAGAGUGUAUCGAUGGAUCUUUAACAUUUCUGAAUCAAUCCCGCAUUGUUGGACAUUCCGGUGGUGCCUAGUUCUUUUCUUGUGUUUAAACCCAACACUGCAUACUCUGAUGAAUGAAUCCUUCCUUGUCAAGCCAAAUCUUCGCUAGCCUACCGGAUGGUCUUCUUAAUUGUGGACUUGCAGGAUCCACAAUAAAAUAUCCUUGCAGGAUAUUUUAAAGACUUUUCCUGUGUGUUGCCAAAUGGGCCCUUCAUAAGCAUUGUACUGAUUUGCAUUCAUGCCAGCCAGCACAGCCAGUAAAAAGAGUAUGUCCAUUUCCCCUGCCUAGUCUCCUGGUCACUGUAAUUGAUGUGUGUGUGUGUGUGUGUGUCUGUGUCUGUGUGUGUGUCUGUGUGCGCGUGCGUGCAUGUGCGUGUCUGGACCAGCUUGAUGGGCUGCAAAUGGUAUUUUGCUGUUUGGGGUUGUUUUACUGGACGUAAAUGCUCUUUAUCACCUCUUUUCCCUGUGCCCACUUCCUGCCCUUUUUUCCCAUGUCAGAAAAAUCAUUCAGCUUCAUUGCAGGGAAAAAUUAAAAAGCAGACAAGUUAACAGAAGAAAUUUAAUGUCCCCAGUAAUCAAUUCUAAUCACCAGCCAUGCAUUCCUAAAUCAUUUUCAUGUGCACUUGCCCAGUAUUUUUCAUGUGAUAUAUAUGUGAAUUUUAAUGUAUAUAUUGUUUCAAUAUUUGCUUUUUCACAUAUGAAUAUAUAAUAUAGAUAGAUAUAGAUGUAUAGAUAGAUAUUCUUGAACUUCCUUUCAUGCCAUUAAAUAUUCUUCUAAAAUAGUUUCAUGGCUCUUUAGUGUUCCAGUGGAGGGGUUUCAUAGAGGAAUAGAUAGAUACAUGUAUUCAUCUCUAUUCAUAUUUAGAUAUAGGUAUGGGGCUAUUUUUCACAACUUUCUCAUUGUUGAACAUCUGUUUUGUUUUGUUUUUCUUAUCCAAACCUAGCCGCUAAUAAUACAUAGUGCACAAACCUUGCUUACAUUCAAUAUUAUUUUAUGAACAAACAUUGGUGAGAGCAAAUUGUAGAAUCAAAGGACAUGGAAGGUUUGAAAUUUUUUUCUUCUUCUUUUGCGGGGAGAGGGGGUUUCCUUUUUAAAUGACUAUCCCAAAGGUAGUGUCUGUCAGUUUACCC